CUAUUUAUAGGAAUUUGGAGCUGUUCUAUAAAAUUAAAGUACAGAUCAUCCAGCUCAAAUUCGGACAUACAAAAAGAAAACGUAAAUUUUUAACAUUUAACUAUCUACACGCUCUAUCACAAUUCACAACUCAUAAUCCACCAAAAAAACCAGCAAAUGCCCGCUUCACCAUUCAAAUCUUUCUAUAAAAAUCCUUUUAUUCCCAUCACAACCCUUCUCAUCUCUGCCCUCCCCCUUGCAAUAAUAUUCUCUAAUUUUCAUCAACCUUUGGUGCAAGAAUGCGAGAGAUUCUUCAUAUUCAAGGUGGCCAAUGCGGCAACCAAAUUGGAGCUAAGUUUUGGGAGGUAGUCUGUGCCGAACAUGGGAUUGAUGCUACCGGUAGGUGCCAAGGUGACAGUGAACUUCAGCUUGAAAGGGUCAAUGUGUAUUACAAUGAGGCAAGAGGUGGCAGGUAUGUGCCCCGGGCUGUUCUUAUGGACCUUGAACCUGGUACUAUGGAUAGUAUUAGGUCCGGUCCUUACGGACAGAUUUUCAGACCUGAUAAUUUUGUUUUCGGUCAAUCUGGUGCUGGCAACAAUUGGGCUAAAGGGCAUUAUACUGAAGGUGCCGAGUUGAUUGAUUCUGUGCUUGAUGUUGUUCGCAAAGAAGCUGAGAAUUGUGAUUGCUUGCAGGGAUUUCAGGUUUGCCAUUCUCUAGGAGGAGGAACUGGAUCUGGCAUGGGCACCCUUUUGAUCUCGAAAAUCAGAGAGGAAUACCCUGAUCGAAUGAUGCUUACUUUCUCCGUCUUUCCUUCUCCUAAGGUCUCUGAUACAGUUGUUGAGCCUUACAAUGCCACUCUUUCCGUCCAUCAGCUUGUUGAAAAUGCGGAUGAAUGUAUGGUUCUUGACAAUGAAGCUCUAUACGAUAUCUGCUUCCGUACCCUUAAACUCGCCACCCCAAGCUUUGGUGAUUUGAACCAUUUGAUUUCUGGUACCAUGUCUGGAGUCACAUGCUGCUUGAGAUUCCCUGGCCAGCUUAACUCUGACCUGAGAAAGCUCGCAGUAAAUCUCAUCCCUUUCCCACGGCUCCAUUUCUUCAUGGUUGGCUUUGCUCCUCUCACCUCCCGUGGCUCCCAGCAAUACAGUGCCCUGAGUGUGCCAGAGCUCAGCCAACAAAUGUGGGACGCAAAGAACAUGAUGUGUGCAGCAGAUCCACGCCAUGGCCGCUAUUUGACAGCAUCGGCAGUGUUCAGAGGAAAAAUGAGCACCAAGGAAGUUGAUGAGCAGAUGAUCAAUGUUCAGAAUAAGAACUCUUCGUACUUUGUGGAAUGGAUUCCUAACAAUGUCAAAUCAACUGUUUGUGAUAUCCCUCCAACAGGCCUGAAAAUGGCAUCUACGUUUAUUGGGAACUCAACAUCAAUUCAGGAAAUGUUCCGCCGUGUGAGUGAGCAGUUCACUGCCAUGUUCAGGAGGAAGGCUUUCCUGCAUUGGUACACUGGGGAAGGCAUGGAUGAGAUGGAGUUCACAGAGGCAGAGAGCAACAUGAAUGAUUUGGUUUCUGAAUAUCAGCAGUACCAAGAUGCAACAGUUGAUGAGGACUAUGAGGAGGAAGAGGAGGAAAUUCAUGACAUGUAAUGUUCAUCUUGUUAUAUAAUAUUCAAUGGGGAUCUUUUAGUCUGUGGUUGUGGAUGCCAAAGUGCAGCAACUUCCACAGAAUGCGAUAGGAGCAGGCCAUACCAUUGGAUUGGGGCUCUGGUUUUUGGUUUUAACUUGUUGGACUUUUGAGGAUACAAGGGAACAGGGUUUGUGAAACAAACAAGUCACAAUAUUAUGUGAUUAUACACACUUUUUGAGACAUACAGUAAUCUAUCAUGCCUCUUUUACCUUCCUCAA